UUCACCCAGCAGAUUCACCAACUAAUAACCUGUGGACUACAGAGACGCUGAUGGCAUUGGUGGUCCCUCUCCACCUGAGAUGUUGCCUAGACUGGAUUUGCACGGAGGCCGAGGGCUACCUGAGAAGGACACCAAAGUGGGGAACACUGGCGAGGCCGUGGUGACGCUGCCGCGGCUGCGUUUGCUGCGCCAGGUCACUAGCCGGGAUGAAGCACGGGAAGCUCGCCGCCACCAUGUCUCGCCCCGCAGCCCCAGCUCGGAGGCGAAGGCACCCCGUGCCCCGGCCAGAGGGCGGGGGAUGGUGCGCCCAGGCCGAGACAAGGGCCGAUCACCUUCUCCAAUGCGUCGGCGUAUGCCGACUGAGGAGCGAAAUGGCUAUGUGCCUCAGCACGAUGCCCAGCAACGUGUUCGGCAGCACAUGCGGCAGAAACGACGGAAGGCGAAAGAGGAGGAGGAGCUGCGAGCGGUCGAGGAGAAGGAACGACAAGAGAGGGUGCAGAAGUCUAUGCCGCAGGUAGAGGCGUACCGUCGGGAGUUGGCUCGCAAGGCCGCCGAGCUGCACCGCCGGGAGAAGGUCGCGAAGGAAACGGCCGCCGUGGAGCAGGAGCAGUUGGCCUCCGCCCGUCGUGAGCGCGUGAAUCGGUACAUCACACCUGAUGUCAUCAACACACAUCUGGGGAGGCUGGACGCUUCCGGCGAGGAGCGCCGCCCGGCAGGCUCCUCGGUCCGUGCUCUACGUGAGGAGGUGGUGAUCAGCGGCAGCUUCGCCACCGGCAGCGUGCGUUCGAGGCACAAGGUGAUGUUAUCCCCAAGGCGGCAAGACAGGCGCGGACCUCCACGCUGGGAGGCCGCCACGGUGGGUUCAGGUUACAUGGCUGACGCGCCAAGCCCGGGGGAAGACCCCACUGAAAGCUUGGCUCCACCUCCUGCACACACCGUCGACGUGCUAGCAGAGGCUCCCUUUGGGGCACCUGAAGCAGCGAUAGAGGCAAGUGUUGCGGAACCUUUGCCGGCCAAGACGGAGGCUGAAACCUGGAUGUGGUGAAGCAACUCGUGCAAUCUGAGCACUCGCGAUCGAUCUGUGACCUUGUAAGCUGAUUGUUCAGCUCUUGCAGAUGUCUUUCAACUAUUUCCCAUAGCUGGAGAUUGACAUAUGGGGUCCUUCUUGAAAUACGUAUACAUAAUUUCAUGAUUAUACAUUCCCGAAAACUAAACAUGGACCUGAGAAUGGCACCCUGAAAGACUGCC